AGUAACAUUUAUUGACAAUUAAGUGAUUUUAAUAAUUUAAAUUAAAUCUAAUAAAUACAUAUAUCGAUAACAUGUCAUAUUGCAAAACCCCAUCAAAGUCAAGCUCAAAAAAUAACCAAGAUGCACAUUUUCCAAUAUGCCCCUCAGAAAUUAACACCUGCCUCUUUUCACCUUUGGAAUCUAAAGACCAAUUGUCAAAUACGGAUAUUUUUGAACAAAUUCAUGUUCCUAAUAUUGAACAUGAAUUAAAUGUUGCCACUUCCCUUCUUCAACAAGGAAGCUUUACAACAGGUGAUAAUUUGUUUGAUCAUUUGGCUGAUAUAAUUAAGAUAGUGGUGAAAGAAAAACCCGAAAAUAUUGUGGAUUAUUUUGAAGAACUAAGUUUCAAUGUUCGUGAACAGAAAUUUAGAAUGCCCGAAAACUUUCCUUGGACUUACUUUAAAGAAAUAGACGUUGAAAGAGCUAAAACUUUUAUGAAGUUAAUGAAUCUUCCUCCUAAGCCCAAUGACAACGAAUACGAUGUAUGCAAAGAAAAUCCACCAAGGCAUUUCAAAAAAUCAUCAAAACCAACUCAAAAAAAGGAUCAUCCAUCAUUAGUGAUUUUGCAACGUAAACUUUCUCUAAAUGAAAAUGUUCUACGUUUACACCUAUAUUGGUCACUUUGUGGUUUUAAUUUAUCAAAUGAAGAAGUUUCUAAACUUUCGUAUGCUUUGCAAAAAGUUCAAUACCAUCCAAUUGUCGAGCAUGCUCGUUUUUGGGGUAAAAUCUAUGGUCUCAAGAAAUCUUAUUACAUUGUUGAAGCUAAACUCACACAAUCUGAAAUUGAUAAUCGUUUCGAAGAAAUGCGAGAAGACGUCAUGGAAAAGAUCAGAAUAUAUCAAGACACAAAAACCCAAAGUGUGAAUAAAAUAGAAGACCAAGAUCUUAUACCAGGAGCCCAGUGGCAAGACCGUACAGUCGAUGAACUGGAAAAAAUGAACCAUCAAUGUGAAGAAGUUCCUGUUUUGACGAAUAAUCCAACUUUUGAUAUCCCACCAGAGCCAAUUGGUACUGGCUUAAAUCGAAAAACUUAUUUUGUUGUGAAUUGUUUGAAUGACGAAUGGAUUGAACUUCCGAUUGUUAGCACUCAACAGAUACAAAUUUCAAGAAAAAUUAAGAAAUUCCUUAAAGGUGAACUUGACGCUGAAAUUCAUAGCUAUCCAAGUUUUCCUGGAACUGAAAAACACUAUCUAAGAACCAUGAUAGCCAGAAUCACUUCGGGAACAUACGUGGCACCCAAUAAUUACUACAGAAGGCUUACAAAAACAGAAAUGUUGGAGAUUUAUGGUGACAGUACAAAGGAAACCGAGGGUGAAAUCGAUGAAUCAGAUGGUGAAGGUGAAGAAGAGGAUUUAGACAAUGACGCUAUCAUUAUAGAAAAUGAAAACUAUAAACCUUGUGCCGAAAAACUUAUGAACUCAAAGUCCUGGGUUCAUGUUCGACCGAAUAUCCUUGAACAAGGUCGAAUAGUAUAUUUUGAUGAGAAGAAAGCCCUUAAAGCCUUGGAAAGUGGAAGUUACAACAAUGAAGAAGAAAUGGAAGAAAUAGAUGUUGAAGUUGGAGAGGAGGAGUCAGAUAGUGACGAUUCAAGCAAAAUGGAGAAAUCUGAUAGACCAGCCCUUUUCAACACAUGCUUUCAAGACAAAAACCGAGAAAAUGUUAAAAGUUGGAGCAUACGUAAUUCAAGUAAUCAUUGUAAAAUAAACCAGUUGACUAUUUUACGAUCAAAUCUAUGGCCUGGAGCUUAUUCGUUUACAUUUGAAAAAUACUCUGAUUCUAUUUACUUUGGUUGGGGAUCGAAAUACACUGCUAGAAAUGUGUCACUAGCUCAUAUACCACCGAUACACGUUGAAUAUGAGACAAGCGAUUUAAUUGAAGUGCGUGAUCCUACUGUUGAAAUGGAGGAAGCAUGGCGUUUAUUUAAUGAGAAAAAAGCAUUCGAAGAAAUGAUUGAAGAAGAAAACGAAGAAGAAGAAGAAUCUUGUUAGAUACUGUUUUGCAAAAUACAAUUUUUAUUCUAUUUUUAUUUGCAUCACGCAAAAAUUGAGAAAUUAUAUUGAUGUAUUUUCUUUAUAAUC